GAGUUGAUUUCUCUUCUCCUUCCUCCGCUGAGAGUGAGAGAGAACUGGAAUUCUGGAAAGUGGAAAAGAGAGAACAGAGCUCUGAGGCUUAAACAUGGGGACUCGGGAAGUUUACGAAGAGCGGCUGAGGACGGGGAAUCUGUAUCACGAUCCAACCAUCAAGCCUGGACUCGGCUCGGCUCGCUGCCCUCGCUGUUUGUCUCUCUUAAACCCCACCUCUGGGAACGCAGAAUGGAGAAUCACACCAGUUCUGCAUGACUUCACUACUGUGACUGGCUGUGGAAUUGGUGGAUUGCUUAGUUCAGUCCAUGGUUUGAACACAGGUAUUCCUUUCGUUCAGAAGCAUGUGAAGGGACCAAAGUGGCUUCCUUUUGUUAUAGGGCUCCCUCCACUUCUGAUGUUUUCUGCAGCUAGUGCAGCAUUUGGCGGUUUUGCACUUCCAAAGUUUGCACAGCUCACUGUGACAUCAUAUUAUGCUGCUUCAAGUGCAUCCCAUCAUGGAAUAUCAUUGCUUACAAGGCACAUAGAAGAAGCACAUACUUCAGGCGCUCGCCCUGAAAAACUCAGAUGAUUAUUCCAGGUGCACAAAGUGAGAAAAUCCGCUUUCAAUUUUGUAACAAAUCCUGUGUAUAUUUGAAUCAAGAUGCCAAGGUGCUUGAUUUACAUAUGUGUCCAUAUUUUUUGGUCAAGCUUGUUAGAGAAUCUCUUCUAAACCUAGUUUUGUUUCUAUACUUCCUUUCUAUCGGAUGAGUGCUUAUAUGAAUACUUGACAAAUACCCGUAUAAA